GUAGAGUAUCCUGGCCUAACGGAUUACUACCAUCUGGAUUUUUUUUAUAGACUGGAAGUGAAGUCUGGGGUUUGUGAGUGAUCCAAGCAGCCGGAAUGGAGUGCAGCGGCCAGGUGACACCCCAGCUGAUGAUGGCUGUUGGGACAGCUGUGAUUGGCUCUCUCCAGUUUGGCUACAACACUGGUGUCAUCAAUGCUCCCCAGAAUAUCAUUGAGAGCUUCUACAAUGAGACUUGGAGCAGCAGGUUUUCAGAGCCCAUCUCUCAGACCACUUUAACAGCUCUAUGGUCGCUCUCUGUGGCCAUCUUCUCUGUAGGAGGAAUGUUCGGUUCCUUCUCUGUCGGCCUCUUUGUCAACCGCUUUGGCAGGAAGAACUCCAUGCUCAUGGCCAAUGUGCUGGCCUUUAUUGCUGCUGCGUUUAUGGGCUUCUCCAAGUUGGCUGCCUCCUUUGAGAUGCUCAUCAUUGGACGUUUCAUAGUUGGUCUCUUCUGUGGCCUCUGCACUGGUUUUGUGCCCAUGUAUGUCGAGGAAAUCUCACCCACGUCUCUCCGAGGAGCAUUAGGAACUCUGCAUCAACUUGGUGUAGUGAUCGGCAUUCUCAUGGCACAGAUCUUUGGGAUUGAAUCCAUCAUGGGGAACGCUGCCCUUUGGCCCCUCCUGUUGGGUUUCACUCUGCUACCUGCUGUGCUGCAGUGUGUCCUGCUGCCCCUCUGCCCUGAGAGCCCCCGCUACCUCCUCAUUAACUGCAACGAGGAGAGCAAAGCCCACAGCAUCUUGGUGAAGCUGCGGGGCACUGAUGAUGUCAGUGAGGACAUGCAAGAGAUGAAGGAGGAGAGCCAGCAGAUGAUGAGGGAGAAGACAGUGACCAUCCCUGAGCUGUUCCGCUCCCCCAUGUACCGCCAGCCUAUCUUUGUUGCCAUCAUGCUGCAGCUCUCGCAGCAGCUAUCUGGAAUCAACGCUGUGUUUUACUACUCGACUGGGAUCUUUGAGCGAGCAGGUGUGUCUCAGCCUGUCUAUGCAACCAUUGGUGCAGGAGUGGUCAACACUGCCUUCACUGUGGUUUCUUUGUUUGUGGUGGAGCGAAUGGGCAGGAGACCUCUGCAACUCAUUGGUUUGAUGGGAAUGGCAGUUUCAGCAGUUUUUCUUACUGUUGCCAUGGCGUUGUUGGACCAGUUCAGAUGGAUGUCCUAUGUCAGCAUUGUGGCCAUCUUCAGUUUUGUAGCCUUUUUUGAAAUUGGCCCCGGCCCCAUCCCCUGGUUCAUUGUGGCCGAGCUCUUCAGCCAGGGGCCCCGACCUGCUGCCAUUGCAGUUGCUGGUUUCUCCAAUUGGUCUGCCAACUUCUUAGUGGGAAUGUGCUUUCAGUACAUUGAGCAACUCUGUGGCCCCUACGUCUUCAUCAUCUUCACUGUCCUGCUACUCGGCUUCUUCGGCUUCACUUACUUCAAGGUGCCAGAGACUAAGGGCCGCACCUUUGACGAGAUUGCAGCAGGCUUCCGCCAGUCAGCUGGUCAGGGUGCUGACAAGUACUCAGCCCCUGAAGAGUUCAACACCCUCAGGGGGGAUGACCCUGACCUUUGAAAGCUGCUGUACAUACACACACUCAUGUGCUGCAAAGGUACCACUUACACUUUUAGGACACUUCUAAUGUGAGUCAAAUAUCCCAUAAGCUAAUGUUAGGGUAUUACAGAGGAGAUUUAGUCUUCACACAGACUGUAAUAAAGACAGAUGACCUGACUGAGGAUA